AUGAGACACGAGACGUGUCCUGCCAACGUAUGGGACUCUAAGAACCGUGGGGUGAACGGCACCCAGAGAGGACAGAUCGUCUGGAGGCUGGAGCCUGGACCUUACUUCAUGGAGCCUGAGACUAAGAUCUGCUUUAAGUACUAUCAUGGAGUGAGUGGAGGCCUGAGAGCAACAACCCCCUGCAUCACCGUCAACAACCCAGGACUUCCUGUUAGAGCCGAGGGUCAAGCUGAGGGCCAAUCAGUGACAGAGAACUGUCGGAAACUCGUCAGCUUCACUUUAUCAGAUAUCCGUGCGUUGGGUCUGAAGAAGGGGAUGUUCUUUAACCCUGACCCCUACCUGAAGAUGUCCAUCCACCCUGGGAAGAGGAGUGGCUUCCCACCUUCACACACCACGGACAGGAGCGCCGCUCCGCCAUCAUAUCUAACACCACCAACCCUGUUUGGCCUGGAGAG